GUCCGAUCUGUGGGCUUCCACGUUUGCCGAACGCGUUUGUGAGUGUUUGAGCCUCGGAACAGCUGCUCCUCCAUGGGAAUUCGCAGCUUGCAUUUUUUAAAGAGGGUGAAGUUCGGAUUAUCCGCUUGUGGCUCAGGGCAUGAACCGAACGGUGGCAGUCUCCACCGAGGAGAGAAUUACGCUGCAGGGAGAGGACUCGCCACCCCCUUGACCUGCUGUUGUGCGUCUUCUCUUUGUAGGCUUGGGGUGUGUUUGUGCAGCUGGACCCAACCAGACAAAUGAGCGGGCGCAUCUUCGCAACUGCCCUGGCUGUGUAAGAACACAUCCUCUCGCCCCCCACCCCCCUCCUCCUAUGCGGGGAGAAAUGCGCCUGACAUGGCCUGUUCUCCCCUGCCCCAAAUCCUUUCCCUCCAACAGAGCAACCUGCCUGCACCCGGGACGCUGUGGCAGGCCCUGUUUCUGGACGCUAGUUUCCUGGCUUGCAACAACACUUGCAAUGAGAGCGCCUGCCAAGUCCUCACCAAUAUGGUCAUUCUGGAAGCCUUCUCCUUGCAAAACAGGGCCUACGACCUCUACACACAGGCCAGAAGCCAAGAACUUCCAAAGCUUUGGUACGGCCAUUCCGGACAACCUUUUCCUCCGAUGGUUUUUAGAAAGAAUGCUAAGAUCGACCUUAAGAUGAUAAAAUACGAUGCACAAGGGGUGUUCUUGGGCUGGGAAGAUGCGAGAGGGGCAGCGUUGCAGCUCUGUCCAAACAGUCAAGCGGUACUGGAUGCGGCCUUCAUGUUUGGGACGCCGUACAGUCAGUCUUGCACCCUCGGAGUCCCAGAGCUGCUGAGGAGCGUUCCCGAGCCUAUCUUCUAUCAGCUGUUCGUGCAGUUUGAGGAUGAAAAAGGGAAUCCCCAGUUAUGGCCGGUCCCCGUCGUCAACCCUGCGAUACAAGCAAGUCGCCCAGCAUCCUUAGGUUCUCGAGCGCUCAGAAGAUUCUUUCUUGUUGACGGGCUGUCAGGGAGGAGGGGGAACCUGACGGAUGCUCCAGGAUCGGUCACGCUCGCCGCAGAAUUGCUGCUCAGCGUGUUCCUGCCCACCAAUGCUCCUGGAGAUAACCCUCCCUUCCUGUUGACGGUGAAAUAUGCUGGGUACCCCAGUGCUGGAGUCGCCCAGGCAAGCCUCCGGCAGGUGCUAAUGAAAACGAGCUUUGUGAACACUGGGGUUCUCAUCCACCUGCUUGAAGGGGGCGGCCUCUCCGGCAUCCGGACAGAGGUGGCGUUUUCCGUUGCUUAUAUUCAAGACCCUGGAACGGCCCAGCAAACUACAGAUAUUGCGUUUGGGGUCCUGGGAUUUCUCGCGUUCCUCUGUGCCUUGCUGGAGACCAGCAGCUGGGCCCGGCGAUCUCGACUCCCGAACGUCAAUCUGAUGGCUGUGCUGAAGUUCCUUGCCUACUUUGCCGGCUGCUUGGCAAAUGUGUUUUUCUUGGUCUCUCUGGGAAUUGGCAUUUAUUGGCUCAUCGUUUUCAAGGGGCAACAGUCUUCUGCAGUGGAAGUGACACUUCCCGCUGCUGGUAGCCAAACAGAGACCAACUUCACCAUCUACUUGCUGUGUGCUCUCGCACUGAAGAGCUUGGACCUCAUCCAUGUUUUGAUAACACAGUUGACCCUCUCCAUUUUCCUGAUUGACUGGGAGAAGCCGAAAGAAGAACGGACCCUGAAAACACCUCGAGGUCCCGGUUUGCCUUUGUUUUUCGCAGGGUCGCGUGCCCUUUGUGUGCAAGCCUUUGCUUUGCAGCAUGCAUUCAGCCCAGGGGGUGACGGAGAAAUGGCUGGUUCAGGACAAAAGACGUUCUGAAAACGAUACAAAUGGGUGCGGUGCUGAUUCGUGUCCCAGUGAGGCCAUACGUGCUUGCGGUGUUUGUCCUGUUGUGUGACAAAUGCCUUGCCUUGGUGUUCUUGAGUGUCUGGGCCACUGACCUCUCUAGCCAUCAUAGCCAAUUUGCCAUCUUGUGGAUGUAGCAGAAGACAGUAAAACACCAGUUGGUUUAAGCUACAAGAAAAUGCAAGACAAAUAUCUUCAAAAGUAGCCUCAGUCUCAUAAUGUGGGCAUUCUGCUUGUAUUUGGAAUUUGGACUUAAUUUGUGGUCCUGGGAGGUUUUUGAGUAGAGUCUGGGUUCAGCAUCCACGUGUGGAGUGAGCUCCC